CGAGGACAGCAUCAUCAAUACCAACCAUCCUUCCGAACUCAGUAACAUGCAACUCGACGCCUUCAUAACGAGGACGAGCGGCCUGCUCUUCCGGAUAGCAGCUUCCGCCAACUUCUCCCUCCAGUCUGAUCAGGCCACCUUUAACCGGGCCCUAGUCUCAUGGCUCAAAGACCCCGACUCCAACCUACCCAGCGGCCACAUCAUUGGCCUCUGCUGCUCCAGUCUUCUGUCUAUCCGGUUUCCAGACGAAUCCAGAGGCAAUGACCUCAUCCCCGAGUUCCGCCGCUUCGUACUGGCAGUCUCUCUAGCACACCACGGACGGAGGAACAGCAACAAGAGCAAGCCACCCCAAAAGCACGAGCAUUGCGCGCGCCACGAGUCCCGAUCUCAUCUGAUCAGGAGGCUCGAUGGCAUCCUCACCCCCCAAUAUCUCUCUAAUUGUUCCCCAGAAUCUUGCCAGGUCCUCUUCCAUUUGGUGCUCGGGGCUGUUCUGGACAUGGGACAUUCACCAUUGCAUACCACCACUUCCUACGACUCCUCCUCGUCGUCGUCGUCGACUGCUCCAUCAAAUCUCCUCAGCCCCGAGUGCCAGCAGAGUCCAACACUAUGGCUGUCCACCAAGAACCAACUGGUCCGCACGCUCGCCCGAGAUCUUGUUUUCUUAGGAUCCAGCAAAUUGGGAAUCAAACUCGAGGGAACAACGGAUCUAGAGAAGCUCAUUAUCGGCACGGCGAUCAGCAGGUGGAACGAGAUGGAAUCACGCAUCUGGGCUGAUAGCAUCACCGAGAAGGCCGCAACAGGGCAAGAGCCACAAUCACCAACAUCGUCAGCGAGCCCUGCAAGCAAGUCCCCCAGCUGCGAAAGGGAAAGACGACACUCUUCUUCACCAACCGACGACGACAGUAACUUAAACCGAAACCCACCUUACUGGGAAGAUCCACCACCCACUCCUCCUCCGCCCACCAUUGAGCCGACGCUCAUUCCUGUGAUGCCCCCAUAUCAUCAGCAUUUUACCGCACCUCACACCCAAUUCCAGAGCCAAUUUCAAACAGCAGCAGCGCGCAUCUCGUUUUGGUCGGAGAACCCAGCCUCGUACUUGGAAAUGACGGAUGAGCCCGAGAGUUAUUACCUGGCUUCUGCGAACGAGCAUAAUAAGAGGGAGAGAGCAGAACCACGACCGACAGCGAUGCCGACAACGACGACGGGGAUACCGAGGUCAACGACUGAUCCAUUUCCUUUGAGGAGUACGAUUGAGGAUUUGGGUUCAUGGCGAAAAGUCAAGAGGCGAACAAUGUGGGUGGUACGGACGAUUGAUGCAGGUGAUCAAGGACAGAUAAGCAUUCAUGCUCGGUUACGGGGGAGGGAAGUCAAUGAUUUUGGGGUGUUUGUGUAAGAGAUGGAUGAGAAAAAAAGAAGGGGAAGAGGAGAAAGGGAAAAGUUGAUGGAUAGGUUCUGUUUGAUAAUGACGACAAUGAAUAAUGAGACCAC